UCCGUUAUAGGGAGAGUUGAUUUUUUCGAUGUACACUUUUAUUUUCCUUUUUAUAUGUAUACUUUGUUGUCUUAGCUACAUCGCCAACCUAAUAAUUCUAACAGAUCUAUAAAUUCUCUCAUAGAUUCAACUAAUUAAUUACCUACACAUUUUUGGACUCUCAUUAGCAUCUUGUAUAUCGCCAAUCAUGCCACCCACCAUUUCCUUUUCCCAAAAGAAGGCAAAAGAAACAAGAAGAAUGAGUUCAAGGCAACGUCCCUUACAUGCAUGUGGAGUUUCAAUCUUUGCAAUUGGUGACAUUACCAUAAGAAAAACCCAACAUAUCAAUGGACCAAUAGGUUCAACAUUAAGAAACAUAGCCAAAUUUGUCACACCCUUAAUCUAUGUCAUUCAAUACCAAUGGCUAACAAUCCUCUCCUUCAUCGAUGAUCGAAUUCUAUCGCUCGAAAACAUCGCCGAGAAAUUGUUCCCUCCUUCAUCCUACGCCUUCGACAAACUCGAUGAAAUCGUGUUAAUGAUAUUGUCUCUACCAGAUAAAUUUGAUGGUGCAUUGAACAAGUAUGUCCCUGCAAUAGUCCACAAAGUUCCAUUAUUGGAAUGGACAUUGACACAUUUAAUUUCAAAGUUGAAUAGUUUGGAUUCCAAUUGGGAACAUGAAAAUUCAAGGGUGGUGGUGAAUGAGAAAACAAUAGGUGUUGAUAGCAAUUGCAAAAAUAGUAAUAAAAAUGAAGAGGUGGAAUCAACUGCAUCUGAGGUGUACCUUAACCUUCCAAUGGAGAGUGAGGAAAUUUUUCCUCCUAUACCAGAAGCUGAAAAUAAAGGUGUUGUUGUGGCAGUGUCUUCUUGUGCUACCAAUUUGAAAGGCUCAUAUAAAGAAGCAUUGUUGGAGAGUAGUAGUGAGAAGAAAAUAGAUAGUAUUGAUGAAUGUGAAGAAGGUAAAGAGAAACAUGAAGAGUGUGAAAGUGAUGAGAAAUUAAAAGUUGGAAGAAGUGAGGGCAUGAAGUAUGAUCCACUCUUGGAGUUGUUUGAGUCUGCAUGGCUUAUGAAUCCUGGUCGUUUCUGGAACCAAGGACAGACAGAUUAAUGCAAUUGAUUAGAAUAUAAGAGUCAUGUAUAAGACUAGCAUUUUCAUGGCUUCACUUAAAAAGUCAGUGCCUUUUUUUUUCCUUUUGCAAUUUGUUUUUCAAUUGUGACUUGGGAAUCUUGAAACAAACUUGUAAAUCAAGUCCAUUUUUGUUAUAUGCAAAUCAAAUCGUUUUUGGCUACCCAA